UUGCAACACUGAGUUACGAACGAAACGAAAGUGCUUGUGAUGAGCAAAGACGAAUAAAAAAGUGUCGAUAGGUCAAUAUUCUGCAGAAAUUAGCCAGAAUCUUCAGGUAUCUACAAAAUAUACUAAAUAACCACCCUCGCAUGUGAGGGUACUAUGUGGUGGUGCUGUUCUUCUUCCGCUAGUUCAGGACCGAUGGCUGCAAUACGCAAAAAAUUAGUGAUUGUUGGUGAUGGUGCAUGUGGUAAAACAUGCCUGUUGAUCGUGUUUAGCAAAGAUCAGUUCCCGGAAGUGUAUGUGCCGACAGUAUUUGAAAACUACGUCGCCGACAUUGAGGUUGACGGCAAACAGGUGGAACUAGCAUUAUGGGAUACGGCUGGUCAAGAAGAUUAUGACCGACUAAGACCUUUAUCGUAUCCAGAUACUGACGUUAUCCUCAUGUGCUUCUCGGUGGACUCGCCCGACUCGCUCGAGAACAUCCCGGAGAAGUGGACGCCUGAAGUAAAACAUUUUUGCCCUAACGUGCCUAUUAUUCUCGUGGGUAAUAAGAAGGAUCUACGCAAUGACCCUGCCACAAUCAAUGAGCUACGUAAGAUGAAGCAGGAACCUGUGAAGCCUCAGGAAGGUCGAGCUAUGGCUGAGAAGAUCAACGCAUUCGCAUACCUUGAGUGUUCCGCUAAGAGCAAGGAAGGUGUUCGUGAAGUGUUCGAGACGGCGACUCGCGCCGCGUUACAAGUUAAGAAGAAGAAGAAGACUAGGUGUUCUCUGCUGUAAUUGUGCUGUUGUCGGAAGAACUCUGAUUUAUGAAUCGUUCGCAUACUGCCUGAAAACUUACGUUUGAUACGACUCGAACUCUGCAGCAGUCGCGACGUCGGCCACACAGUGCUUCCUUCCGAUACUGACAGCUGACGCGAUGUCGCGGCCCGCGUAGCACGCACACCCACUCAGUAUUCGUGUGGCUAUACUUUCACAAUUGGUACUUGUAUAUUUUAUAGAUUAUCUAUAAAGAAUAAGCGUAAUUGCCUUAACAGAUAUAGUCAGGGCAAAUAUGGGUCCAUAUCCCCAUGGACUCGCUGGAUUUUUCGUGCUAAACUAUCACAUGUUAUAUAAUCAAGUAGCAUUUCUUCAACAUAUAGAUUCCUCGACCGGUGUCGUCUCAGCGAGACUUUAAUGUUUAGUUUGGUAUUUUGUAUUUUAAUUUUUUCAAUAAAAUAGUGAUGUAUAAAUUG